CGGAACACGAUCUUGGGGAGGGAGUUUGGGCACCUGGGUCAGCUGGUGGGUAGGUCCUAGCCCACUGUGUGGUGUGAAGGUAUGGAUCAUGAUCAGAGGCAGGGAGCUGCGCUGCUAAGGCUGUUACCCCUUCUGUGGCUGCUGCCCCAGUCCUGGACCGCCCCUGGAGCUCUUACUCCAGUAUGGCAGGAUGAUCUGCAAAACCACACAUUCCUGCACGCGAUAUACUGCCAGAAUGGGACUCCCAGCGUGGGACUGUCCGAGACCUACGAUGAGGACCAGCUUUUCUCCUUCAACUUUUCCCAGAACACCCGCGUGCCUCGCCUCCCUGAAUUUACUGACUGGGCUCAGAAGGCUAGAGAUACUUCCGCCAUUUUCUUUGACCAACAAUUCUGCCAGGAGAUGAUCCAGGGAAUAGGGCCCCAUCUUGAAGGGCAAAUCCCAGUCUCCAGAGGGAUCCCCAUCACUGAGGUGUUCACGCUGAAGCCCCUGGAGUUUGGCGAGCCCAACACGCUGGUCUGUUUUGUCAGUAAUCUCUUCCCGCCCACGUUGACGGUGAACUGGCAGCAUCAUUCGGACCCUGUGGAAGAAGUUGGGCCCACUUUUAUCUCAGCUGUUGAUGGACUCAGCUUCCAGGCCUUUUCUUACUUAAACUUCACACCGGCACCCUCUGACCUUUACUCCUGCCUCGUGACUCAUGAGAUUGACGGCUACACGGCAGUUGCCUAUUGGGUGCCCCAGAACGCCCUGCCCUCAGAUUUUCUGGAGAAUGUGCUAUGCGGCAUGGCCUUUGGCCUGGGUGUGCUGGGCAUCAUUGUUGGCUUAGUCCUCAUCAUCUACUUCCGAAGGCCUUGCUCAGGUGACUGAUUCUUCCUGACCAGAGUCUGGCGCCAAUAGCUUCAGCCAUCCAAGCAGGAGAUGCUCAGGUUUCUCGCAUCCUGCCCAGGAUCUCUCCUUCUCAGAGCAGAAGCCCCUGGGACUCCCCCGGUGUGUGUGUGUGUGUGUGUGUGUGUGUGUGUGUGUGUAAGUUUCUCGGCUGGGGGCUCUGCUGUCCCUGGGCUUACAUCCAGGGGAGCACAGAGUGGCCUUCCUAUCACGACCACAUCCCUUUCCACCUCAAGGCAAUAAAUCUCAUUUCUUCAUA